AUGUGCAAGACUGAUGAAAUAUCCAGUAAAGGAGAUUUUCUCGGGCCUCGGGAGUGGCUGUCCUUCAACAGAUCAGACGAGGCACUAAACCCGGAGAGUACACCCAUCACACAGCAGAACCCGGAUAGUACACCCAUCACACAGCAGAACUCAGGGAGUACACCCAUCACACAACAGAACCCGGAGAGUACACCCAUCACACAGCAGAACCCGGAUAGUACACCCAUCACACAACAGAACCCGGAUAGUACACCCAUCACACAGCAGAACCCGGAUAGUACACCCAUCACACAGCUGAACCCAGGGAGUACACCCAUCACACAGCAGAACCCGGAUAGUACACCCAUCACACAGCAGAACCCGGAUAGUACACCCAUCACACAACAGAACCCGGAUAGUACACCCAUCACACAGCAGAACCCGGAUAGUACACCCAUCACACAGCUGAACCCAGGGAGUACACCCAUCACACAACAGAACCCGGAUAUACACCCAUCACACAACAGAACCCGGAGAAACCCGGAGAGUACACCCAUCACACAGCAGAACCCGGAUAGUACACCCAUCACACAGCAGAACCCGGAGAAUACACCCAUCACACAUCAGAACCCGGAUAGUACACCCAUCACACAGCAGAACCCGGAUAGUACACCCAUCACACAGCAGAACCCGGAUAGUACACCCAUCACACAUCAGAACCCGGAUAGUACACCCAUCACACAACAGAACCCGGAUAGUACACCCAUCACACAGCUGAACCCAGGGAGUACACCCAUCACACAGCAGAACCCGGAUAGUACACCCAUCACACAGCAGAACCCGGAUAGUACACCCAUCACACAGCAGAACCCGGAUAGUACACCCAUCACACAGCAGAACCCGGAGAGUACACCCAUCACACAGCAGAACCCGGAUAGUACACCCAUCACACAGCAGAACCCGGAGAGUACACCCAUCACACAGCAGAACCCGGAUAGAGACCCCGGAUAUACACCCAUCACACAGCAGAACCCGGAGAAUACACCCAUCACACAUCAGAACCCGGAUAGUACACCCAUCACACAGCAGAACCCGGAUAGUACACCCAUCACACAGCAGAACCCGGAUAGUACACCCAUCACACAUCAGAACCCGGAUAGUACACCCAUCACACAACAGAACCCGGAUAGUACACCCAUCACACAGCUGAACCCAGGGAGUACACCCAUCACACAGCAGAACCCGGAUAGUACACCCAUCACACAGCAGAACCCGGAUAGUACACCCAUCACACAGCAGAACCCGGAUAGUACACCCAUCACACAGCAGAACCCGGAGAGUACACCCAUCACACAGCAGAACCCGGAUAGUACACCCAUCACACAGCAGAACCCGGAGAGUACACCCAUCACACAGCAGAACCCGGAUAGUACACCCAUCACACAACAGAACCCGGAUAAUCAAGUUUGA